UGGUAGUGUGUAGGACCAAUUUCCUACUGUAAAAAGCAAAAUAAUAAGUAGAGAAACUACAAAAUUUAUUUCACCAUUUGAAGUAUACAGUAUACACGGAGAGUAUUGGUUAAAGCAAGCAACCAUUGAUCAUUUAAGUGAAGGACUUCUGAAUUUCCUCACUGUCAUACAAUAUAAUUUUUGAGGGGAAGAAAAUAAUAGAGUACUUGCAAAAAUGGCAGCUGAGGGUGUUUUGGUUGACAUAGCUUCGAAGUUCUUGGGAUAUCUGGGCCAAUCAGCUUUCCAAGAGGUUUCAUCAUGGUGGGGUGUAAAGGGUGACUUGAAGAAGUUUGAGCAAUCCCUGAGGCUGAUCAAAGCUCGGGUUACUGAUGCUGAGAAGCGUCAAGAAGGAGAGGACAGUGCUGCUAUCAAAGAGUGGCUUCGCAGGCUCAGAGCUGUGCUAUACAGAGCUGAUGACUUGUUUGAUGAUCUCUAUAUCGCUCAACAGCGAAAGCAGCGUACAAAAGGGGACAUGGCCAUGAAGGUACGCUUGUUAUUCUCAAGUUCAAGCCCUGUUUUGUUUAACAUUGAACUAGCUCGAGAGCUCAAAUCUAUUAGGCGGGAUCUUGAUGAUAUUAAGUCUGAUAUGGAUGGCCUUAAUUUGAGUGUCUAUGAUCAUAGAGGAGAAUCUCGGCUUCAAAUGGCUCGUCUGAUGAGCAAAAGGGAAACAACCUCUUUUGUUCAACCAGAUGAGGUCGUUGGCAGGGAAGGUGAUAAGGAUGCAAUAAUUAGUAUGCUCCUUGAUCCUGUUCUUGAUGAGCAAAAUAACCCUGUUGUCAUCCCAAUUGUGGGGUUUGGGGGUAUUGGCAAGACAACGUUGGCUCAAUUGGUUUUUAAUGAUGAGAGGGUUAAGCACCAUUUUGAGCUUACUAAAUGGGCUUGUGUACCUAUGAUAGAUGAUCACAAAGAAUUUAUGCGUAAAGUUUUCAGCUCCUUCAUUGGUAUUGAUCAUCAGGGUUGCUCGCUGGAAGACCUCCAGUCACGUUUUCGUGAAACAAUAAACGAUAAAAAGUAUUUACUUGUGUUGGAUGAUAUAUGGGAUGAAGAUCGGGAUAGAUGGCUUUCUCUUAUGAGCUUGUUGAGAUGUGGUAGCAAGGGAAGCAAGAUAAUUGUGACUGCGCGUUCACAUGUGGUAGCAGAAAUUGUUGGCACUGGUCCUGCUUACGAGUUAGGAUUGUUAGCAGAUGAGGUGUCUUGGAAUCUUUUUAGAAGACUUGCAUUCAAGGAAGGGCAAGAGGAAGACAAUCCUAAUCUUACUAAGAUUGGGAAAGAAAUUGUUGAUAGAUGUGCAAACGUGCCACUUGCUAUUAGAGUUAUGGGAAGCCUCCUCUACUCUAAGGAUAGUGAGCAAGAGUGGUUGUUCUUUAGAGAUGCUCAUCUUUCAAAGACGAAGAUAACAGGAGAGAACAAAAUCAUGCCUGAGCUGAAACUAAGUUAUGAUUUCCUGCCAUCACCGUUAAAGCAAUGCUUUGCGUAUUGUUCGGUGUUUCCAAAAGACUAUGAAUUUGAGAAGAAUGAAUUGGUUAAGCUGUGGAUGGCUCAAGUGUACAUUGAGCCAUCGGAAGAGAGUCUUAGCCUUGAGGAUGUUGGGGGUAUAUAUUUUCUGGAGUUACAAAGGAGGAACCUAUUUCAAGAAGAUGUCAAUAGAUACGGAUAUGUAAAAUACAAGAUGCACGACUUAGUACAUGACUUGGCCUUGCAUGUAGCUGGCGCUGAGGACGUUUUAGAGAAGAAAACGUUUGGGGGUAGUUUUGACGAGGGAAGGAGUUCAUCAUCUUUGCUCACAAUGAGGAAAAUGCGGUCCCUUCUGAACUCUGAGAUUGCAUUGUCAAGUUUGAGAAAGAUGAAUCCAAGUUUUCAAUCCAUACGUGCCUUGAGCUUGAAAGGUUUUGUAAAAAGCACAUUGCCAGAUUGUAUAGGGAGGUUGAGACGUCUAAGAUACCUUAAUCUUGAAAACAGCAUGUUGAAGUGUCUUCCCAACUUCAUCGUGCAGUUAGAGUGCUUACAAACUCUCAAUCUGGACAAUUGCUGUUCUCUAAAAAGAUGGCCAAGAGGUUUUUGUAAUUUGGCCAACCUUAGGCACUUGCAAUUUCAGGGAUGCAAAUUUGAUGAUAUGCCAUCAGGGUUUGGGAAGAUGAAAUCCCUCGUAGAGUUGAACUGUUUUAUUGUGGGAAAAGUUGGCGGUCUAGACACACUACCUGCUUUUGAUCUUAAGGGAGAUUAUGUAGAAAUUGUUUUUAACAAAUGGUGUAGAAAUUCAAUGUUAGAAACCAGAAGGGUGAAUCUGAAGGACAUCCACAAAUUGCGAUUACGUUUCUCUAUGAAAGAAGAGACUCCUGCAUCCGGUGAUAUGGAGCUUUUGUUAGAAUGCCUGAUUUUGCCUCCAAAUCUUGAAUACUUGCAGAUUAAUGGCUACAGUGGAGAAAGGUUUCCAACUUGGAUGCUCCCUAACCUUGUUACUGUUGAAAUUAAUUCUUGCAAAAGCUGCGUGCUACUCCCCCAAUUCAGUCAGCUACCUCGUCUCAAAUCUCUAAUUCUUCGAAAUUUAGAAGCCUUGGAGUACAUAGAAGAAGAUGGUUGGGGUGGUAAUGGAGAGUCUUGUUCUGCAACACACUUCACCGCCUUGGAGGUAUUGGAGAUAAGUGAGAUGCCGAAACUAAAGGGAUGGUUUUGGAGACCGCGAGUGAAGGAUGAUGUCCACCCUGUCCCUCAACAAGCAGCGAUGACAUCAGAUGUUCAUCAAGACUUGACGUCACAUCGACUUCUAUCUUUCCCACGUCUUAGGGAACUCAAUAUAUGGGAUUGCCCACAGUUUGUUGUGUCCAUGCCUCUCACCCUGCUGCCAAGGCUUGAUUACUUAUAUGUUGAUAAAAUCCAGGAGAAGGCGGUAGAAUCCCUUCUGGCAUCACAUAGAGAAGCACCUUCAUCUUCAUUUCCAUCUUCUUCUUCCUCACCAACUCUCUCCACAUUAAAACACUUGAUUAUCAACAAUGUGAAUAUAGUUUCUUUUUCGAUUAAUUUCUGUAAUUUACAGACCUUAAUUAUCAGUAGUUGCGAGAAACUCGCCAGUUUGAUCGUUGUUUCUCCAAAUUCCUCCAUUCGUAAUCUAUCACUUUUAAAUUUGGAAAAUCUGAGAGCCCUACCAGAGGAGAUUGGCCUCCUCUCCCAGCUUCGUCACCUUGACAUCCGUUAUUUUCCUGAAUUGGCCUCACUUCCACAAUCAUUGCGUGGCCUUUCUUCUUUACAAUCACUUCGAAUUGACUGCUGUCCACACCUGAAGACAAGAUGUCGGAAACCAGACGGUGAAGAUUGGCCCCUUAUUCAGCACAUCGCCCACAUUAAAUUAUCUUAAAGAUAAUAGCAAGAUUGAGCCUUCUUCAAUAGGAACUGCUGGCAUACCUCAUUUCAGGUCCUGAUUCAUAUGGAUACUUUCUCCCUUAUGAAAAUUGGGAUAUUGUGAAGCAAUUAUGAAAAUUGGGAUAUUCCUUCUUCAAUUUCUUUUAAGCUUCUACUUAUUUGUUAUUGGUUUGUCUUUUUCUUGCUUUUAGAGUGUAUAUCACUGUAUCGUGCAUUUGCAAGUUUCACUACUACUUGACAGUAUAAAUUACUCCCUUUGCUUAAA